CGCGCUGUUCUUGGUCCCUGAGUUACGCCCAUACUAGCGAGCCAAACUGUUGAGAUUUACGGUAACAUUUGGCUCGAACCUCUCUUAUUUCUUCACUAUUUUUCUCUAGAGCUCAAUCUUAACCUCUUAGCUGCCGGUCAAGGAAAUUCAUUUUAAGUUUGUGAGUUUGUUUGUGGUGACAAGACAAGAAUCAUCAACAUGCCGAAAGUGCUGAACGUUCGCGUCACGACCAUGGAUGCUGAGCUGGAGUUUGCAAUUCAGCCAAGCACAACGGGAAAACAGCUCUUUGAUCAGGUCGUGAAGACGAUAGGCUUACGAGAGAUUUGGUUUUUCGGUCUGCAAUACACAGACACCAAAGGAUACGAGACAUGGUUGAAGCUAAACAAGAAGGUUCAAAGUCAGGAUGUCAAGAAAGAAUCACCUCUUCAGUUCAAAUUUCGUGCAAAAUUUUACCCCGAAGAUGUGUCAGAGGAACUCAUACAAGAGGUCACAAGGCGACUAUUCUUCUUGCAAGUAAAGGAGGACAUCCUUGCAGAAAGAACUUUUUGUCCUGCAGAAACUGCAGUUUUGUUGUCCUCAUAUGCUUUACAUGCCAAGCAUGGGACAUACAAUUCUGAUGUUCACUCUCCUGAAUUUUUGAAACAUGAAAGAUUAGUGCCUGAAAGAUUUAUCACCAAUAAGUUGAUAGAUGAUGUUACUGGAAGGGUCUCAGUUUGGUGGGGUGAACAUGCUAUCCUGUCAAGAGAGGAUGCCAUGAUCGAGUACCUAAAGGCUGCCCAGGAUUUAGAAAUGUAUGGAGUGAACUAUUUUGAUAUCAAAAAUAAAAGAGGGACAGAACUCUUCCUUGGUGUUGAUGCAUUGGGUUUGAACAUUUAUGAAAAAGAAGACAAGCUGACUCCCAAGAUUGGAUUUCCUUGGAGUGAGAUCAGAAACAUUUCCUUUAAUGACAAGAAAUUUAUCAUCAAACCUAUUGACAAAAAAGCUCCAGAUUUUGUUUUCUAUGCGGCUCGCUUGAGAAUAAACAAGCGAAUUCUGGCUCUCUGCAUGGGAAAUCAUGAACUUUACAUGAGACGCAGGAAGCCUGACACAAUUGAAGUUCAGCAGAUGAAAGCACAAGCUAUGGAAGAGAGACAGUCAAGGUUGAAGGAAAGACAAAAGCUUGAAAGAGAAAAGACAGCGCGUGAAACGGCUGAGGCAGAGAGGAAGAAGCUCGAGCUAGAGAUAGCUAAUCUUAAAGCUGACAAGGAAAGACAAGCAAGAGAAAAGCAAGAGGCAGAGGACAAAGCCAAUGAAUUACUGAGGAAAAAGGCUGAACUUGAAGAAGAGACACGUAAACAGGAAGAGCAAAAAAGGAAACAACAGGAAGAACUUGAAGAAAUGAAAAGAAAACAGUUGGCAGAAGAAGCGGAUAAGGAGAAAUUGACCAAGGAAAUAGCAGAGAAACAGGAGGAGUUCGAUAGGUUAGUGGAACAGGAACGAGUAGCACAAGAAGAAAAAGAAAGGAUCAGGCUUGAGCUUGAAAGCCAACAGGAAGAAACAAAGAAGCUCCAGGAGAAGGCAGAACAAUUAGAAGAGCAAGCUAUUUUAGCUGCCCAGGUGAAAGAGGAUCACAUUGAAAUGGAGGAAACACAAACAACACUUGAAACAGAACUUGAGAUAGAUCCCCUCGUAGAGGGAGACAGAUCUGAAGAAAAUCGUUUAACAGAGGCUGAGAAGAAUGAACGGCAGCGAAAAAUGCUUCAGCAACUUCAAGAGGAUCUCCGAAAAGAAGAAAAGAAUUACUCCAGUUACGACAAACUCCACAUGCAGAACCAGAAAGAAGGAAGAGAUAAAUACAAGACGCUGAAGCAAAUCAGGCAAGGAAAUACUAAGCAGAGGGUUGAUGAAUUUGAAGCCAUGUAGAGUCUUUGAGCCAACACCACACAGCUACACCUGUCCAAGGUUAAUAACUCUCAGCAGUUUCGAAGAAAAAUGUUUGCUGUUCAUGGGAACUAUUCAAUUAAACUUUAAUCCAUGGAAAAGUGAUUAUUUUACACGUGCAAGAAAUUUGAUAGCGUAUUAAUUAAAGUUUUGUAAUGUUAGAAAGAGAAGUAAUUGUUGAUAUGGUGAGGAGUGGUUUCUUUGUUGUAGUAAAAAUGGUUUUCCGGGGAUCAUACUGCCUUAAAGACCCUCAAUAGCAGGGUGGAGUGGAAGGAAUGCUCUCUUCUGCAUAACUUUUGUGUACAGUCUUUGUGCUCUUGAUUAUUUUUUGACUUCAACUGAGACUUUUUAACAAUAUUCAGCUUUUCCCAGCAUGCAUCUUGUCAGCUUUUAUUACAACAGUUUUGUUGCAAGCACGUUUCAAAGAUUUCGGAUUCACUCGUUUUAUCCCAAAUUAGCCAAAUAUUGUAUAAGCAAGACACUGUAUUAAUCCUUUUUGUAAUGUGUCAGAAUGAAAGAAAAAUAUGCUUUGCAGGUUUCGUAGUUUGCAAGGGAGUUAUCUUUCACUAAAUCCUGUCCUGUUGCUGUUAAAUUUUCGUUACUCAACUCACCCGCUGUACAAUGUAAUAUUUUUCAUUAUGCCAAAAUAAGACAAGUUCAAGAGUCAGUGAUUCUUGUUGUGUAAUACAAAAGGAGAAAAGUACGAUAGGACCUGUUAUUUAACAGGCGUUAACAUAAUAAGUAUCACCUUUUGUUAGAUAAUGUGUAGCUAUUUUUCUCUCUUUGAUACCAAGUUCAAGGCAAGGCCAAUGCCGCAGGCUGGGGUACCAAGUCUUUUCAGCAUUGGUAUAAAAGUAAUCAAUUUGAAUAAAAUGAGUAUGUUGUGAAAAAAGA